GUCAUGUCUAAUUGGAAGGAGUUAAGCGGGGAGAAUAACUGGUCAGGUCUCCUAAAACCUCUCAACAAAAGUCUUUGCGACAAUUUAAUUCAUUAUAGUAAAAGAAUCGAGGCUGUUUAUGACACGGUCGGGCAGAGUGUAGCAAAUCCUCUCUGUUACGGGCAACCCACAUAUGAAGAAAAAGAUUUGUUUUCUAAGGUUGGCUUGGAGCAUUACACCAUGAACAACUAUGUUUAUGGUAAGUCGACAUUUGAUUUCAUUGAUAAUGCUAUCCCACGUUCAUGGUUUGGCUUCGUGGCCGUGGCCACAGAUGAAGGGAAGAAACACUUAGGAAGGAGAGAGAUUCUGAUUUGUUGGAGAGGAACAGUGACCAUCAUGGAUUGGGUAAAAAAUCUUCACUUUAAUCAAAUCUCGGCUUCACCAAUUUUGGGCGAACACACUGGAGAUGCUUGUGUACAUGCAGGGUUUUUCUCUAUCUACAUGUCAGCUAGAGAUCAGGUUCUUUCCACAGUUAAGAAACUGGUGAAGCAGUAUGAACAUGAAGAGAUCAGCAUCACAGUAACAGGCCAUUCUCUGGGAAGUGCUUUUGCUAUAUUGACUGCUGUUGACAUUGUUGCCAAUGGCUAUAAUUCUAACUCUAGUUCCUCUUCAAUGCCUGAUGCCAUGGUAACAGUCUUUGCUUUUUCAAGUCCCAAGAUUGGAAACUCAGACUUUGUGAACGUGUUCAACAAGUUCGACAAUCUUCAUCUCUUGCACAUAAGACACAAUCUCGACGUUGUUCCUAGAGUUCCACCCACUUCUAAUUAUUCAACAACGGGAACUGUGUUAAAUAUCACCUACACCAGUUACACAAUAAAGGAUUUUUUACGCCCUACUAUCACCUCUGUCUCUGAAAUGGUGAUCAGGUUUCACAUUUUGAAAAACUUACAUGUGGCAAUUGAAAAACAGCAAGAGAAAAAAUUCCGAUUUUCGUCGCUAGUACCCGUACAACAGUUGACGCUGUUCCCCACACAACCCAUCUUGAAGAAAAUUUUGCCGCAGCAGAUCACGGUGCUCCCCAUGGGAGACACGUUGGCAUUGGCGAUAUUGUCAUUCUUGACGGUGAAUUUGAAGAAUUAUCUAAUGUGAUAAUUGAAAUCUUGGAAAUGGCUAUGGCUAUUACAAUCUGUGUCUUCGAGCUCCUCAACUCCAGAUUCAGAUUGCCAGGGAAGAUAAUAACUACAUAUUGCUAAAUAAGGUUUGUGUCACCAUUUUGUAUAAACUAAUACUAUGUUUUGAGAAUAAGUUCCUCCACUCAUCGAGGAUUCAGUUUGCGUUUUCAUGUUUGUCAUAUGGUUGGUUUGCUUUGGGCUUAGUAGUCAGUACUCUGUACUUGCGUUAUUUUGUAUCAAUAAAAUACCUACUAUUGAAAGCUA